CGAAUAAUCCCGCACUCUUACCCUCGCGCAAACCCAACAACACAUCGACAUGGCCCAAGGCAGCGACAAAUCCGGCAUCACCAUCGCCAUCGUGGGGGGUGGACUCGGUGGCGUCUGUGCUGCCGUCGGACUAGGUCGUGCAGGUUAUUCGGUACACCUGUUUGAGCAGGCAGAAAAAUUUUCAGAGAUAGGCGCAGGAAUCAGUCUUGGCCCAAAUGCCAUCACUGCGCUCGAGAUGCUCGGCUUGGGCGACACGUACGAGAAAAUAGCCGACAUCACCGACGACGUGGAUCCGCUAUGGUUUCAGUUUGUAGAACAUCGUGACGGCUCUAUGAUCCAAGAGGUAUUCAGCAAAGGUCGUUACUCUUCCGUUCAUCGCGCGAAACUGUUGGACGGUUUCAUGAAACAUCUUCCUUCCAAUGUGAAAACGCAUUUUGGCAGCCAUAUCACUCACGUCGAAAAUGUGCUCGGAGCUGACGGAAAACCAGCUCGUGUUCGCUUGAGCAUCGAACCUCAUGGAGAACACCACCCAGAUUGGCCCCAGCCGGAUCACGUAUUCGAAGCUUCGGUCGUCAUUGGGUGUGACGGUGUCAAGAGUAUGGUCCGCAAAAGCAUCGAGGAGUACACAGGAGGGCGUGUUCGCUAUACCGGAUCAUACGCGUAUCGCGGCUUGCUCGAUACCAAAGAAGCUGUCGCGCAGAUCGGUGAAGGAGCGACAGUGCCUACGAUGUGGCUGGCUCUAGACAAGCAUAUCUUGUCUUUCCCGAUUGAGAAAGGAAAUGUCAUCAAUGUAGUGGCAUUCGUGUCCGAUCGCUCGAGUCCUCCCGACGAGCGUGUAUGGAAAGAGUCGCGUUGGGUCAAGCCUGUCCCUGUCGAUCAAAUGCUCGGGGACUUUGAGGGCUUCGAAGACAAGGUCAUCAAGCUUAUGAAGCUGAUCAAGAAGCCGGAACAAUGGGCUCUUCAUGAACUUGUCCCGCUGAAGCAGUGGACUGUUGACAGGAUCACUCUUCUCGGAGACGCGGCCCACGCCGCGCUGCCCAACAAUGGUGCUGGGGCAGGUCAAGCGAUUGAAGACGUUUACGUGCUGGCUUCCCUGCUGUCCGAUCCUCGCUGCACGGAGACGACGCUGCCCGAGUUCCUGCUCGCGUACGAGAACGUGCGGAGGGGACGGGCCAGCGCCCAACAAGUCCAUAGUCGGGAGGGAGGCGAAGUCUACGAAUACCGUGGGCCCACGGGCAGUGACCGAAAGGCUCUGGCCGAGAAUCUCAAGGGCCGAUUUGAUUGGAUCUGGGUGCAUGAUUUGCGUGCAGACGUCAAGGACGCGUUUGCGUCCCUCGCGGCUAAGGGAAUCAUUUCGUGAUCGAGCUUGUAGACGUUGAAAUUCGCGCUCGUCCUGUUGUACAAUAAUGAAACAGAACUGACGAUCAUGCACGAUGAAGAUAUAGACGACGUUC